AGGGAGAUGUCAGGAUAUUGAAAAUAUCCGACAUUAAUUUUUCUCUCUUACACAACUCUCUUCCCCCAAAGAUUCUUUAUCAGAUACCCCUCGUGUGUUCUCUCUUCCCUCCCUUAAUGUCCCUCUGAAACUGUAACCCCCACCACUCUCUCUCUGUAUAUAUAUACACCCUUUUACCUCUAAAUGUUAUAUCUAUACUUGGCUUAAUUCCCACCACUUGUUUCUUACUCUCCAAUGGAUUUUCUCUUUUAUUUUCCUAUGUUGGUUUCUCUUUCUGCUUUCAUAUUUGUUAUUCACCGGACUUCCCGGAACCGGAGGCUCCGGUUGCCGCCGGGGAACAUGGGCUUGCCUUUUCUUGGAGAAACUCUACAGCUUAUAUCUGCAUACAAGACUGAGAACCCUGAACCCUUCAUCGACGAGAGGGUAAAAAAGUUCGGUUCCUUGUUUAGUACUCACGUUUUUGGUGAACCGACGGUUUUCUCGGUCGACCCGGAAACGAAUCGGUUUAUUCUGCAAAAUGAAGGGAAGUUGUUUGAGUCAAGCUACCCGAGUUCGAUCUCCAACUUGUUAGGAAAGCAUUCUUUGUUGUUGAUGAGAGGUGCUCUUCAUAAAAGAAUGCAUUCUCUAACUAUGAGUUUUGGUAACUCUUCUAUUAUAAGAGACCAUCUUUUGGCUGAUAUAGACCGCUUGGUCCGGCUCAACUUGGAUUCUUGGACCGACCGGGUUUUCCUCAUGGAGGAGGCCAAGAAGAUAACAUUCGAGUUGGCCAUAAAACAGCUAAUGAGUCUUGAUCCAGGUGAAAGGACUGAAAGUUUAAGGAAAGAAUACGUUCUUGUUAUUGAAGGUUUUUUCACUGUUCCUCUGCCCAUCUUCUCCACCACAUACAGAAGAGCAAUCCAAGCUAGGACUAAGGUGGCAGAGGCAUUGAGCUUGAUAGUGAGGGAAAGAAGAAGGGAAAGUGAAGCAGGAGAAAAAAAGAACGACAUGUUAGAAGCUCUUCUAUCAGCCGGUGACGGUGGGUUUUCCGAUGAGGAAAUAGUAGAUUUCUUGGUGGCUCUUCUUGUUGCCGGCUAUGAAACUACCUCUACUAUAAUGACUCUUGCCGUUAAGUUCCUCACCGAGACUCCUCUUGCUUUGGCUCAACUCAAGGAGGAGCAUGAAGGGAUUAGGGCAAAGAAAAGUGAAGGGGAAGAAGCUCUCGAGUGGAAUGAUUAUAAGUCAAUGCCUUUCACUCAAUGUGUUGUUAAUGAGACUUUGAGAAUAGCAAACAUAAUUGGUGGGGUAUUUAGACGAGUAAUGACAGAUGUUCAAAUAAAGGGUUAUACAAUCCCUAAAGGAUGGAAAGUUUUAGCUUCGUUUCGAGGUGUACAUUUAGACCAUGAAUAUUUCAAAGACGCUCGAACGUUCAAUCCAUGGAGAUGGCAGAGCAACUCAGGAGCAACAAGUCCAGGGAACGUAUUCACUCCAUUCGGAGGAGGGCCAAGGCUAUGCCCAGGCUAUGAGCUUGCUAGGGUAGAACUCUCCGUUUUCCUUCACCACCUAGUCACUCGAUUCAGUUGGACUCCUGCAGAGAAAGAUAAGUUGGUUUUCUUUCCAACUACUCGGACACAAAAGCGGUAUCCGAUCAAUGUGCAACGACGAAACCAUUUAAAGAGUUAGAUCAAGAGGAAGAGAGAUGAGAAGAAUGUAGGAGACUGGAGACCCAUAAUGUUGGAUGCAAUAAAACUUAAGUAAUAGAGUAAGCAUAUGUAAAUUAUCUAAUUAACAUAUGUUUAAGUCAUGGAAUCAAUGAUUAGUAGAGGUAGUGAGGGGCAUUGGGCAUCAUUUUGCCUCCAAGUUGGAAGCGUGCAGCAAUCAUUUCUAUUCUCAUCAGGCAAAUAGAGAAAAGAGGAAAUAGUUAUUAUUAGUAUUAUUUUAAAAAAAUAAUUGUUUUGCUAUUAGCUAUUCAUCUCUAAAAAGGAAUUGGGGGGACCUCAAAUUGCUUAUCAAGAGAGCUUGUUCAACACAAAUAAACCUAAGCAAAUACCUUUAAACUUUAA